ACUCCCGAGUCUCGAAAUCUGCCCCCUCGUUCUUCCCCCAGGCGGGGCAGGGGCUUGGGUGGCUGUAGCUGGGGGAAAUGCCCGGUGCAAAACCUCGGGGGCUGUGGUUGCAGAAGGGCUUGAGCCCUGCUGGGCCCGGGGAGGGGGAGCGCCGCCUCCCCGGCCCCCCCUUUUUGUGUGUGCAGCAACCUUCGCUCCUGCUGCUGUGAGAUGAAUUUUUAAUUAUUCCCAGGGAAAAAAAAGAAAAGAAAAAGAUCGGCUCCGAGGAGCCCCGGCCCGGGCAGGGGGCGAGCGGGUCCCUCCCGGCUGCGCAGCGUAUGUGACACAUCAGAGGCUGCCCCCACAUCCUCCACCAGUCAAUCAUGGACACUGUGUCCCCACAAGAAGCCUCCCUGACAGUCAAUGAGCAAGUGAUUGUGAUGUCAGGUCAUGAGACAAUUCGGGUCCUGGAGGUGGGGGUGGAUGCUCCACUCCCAGUGGAUAACGAAGGGAAAACUCUGAAAACAACAACAGCGACUGGAGGAGAGGCGCCUGUGAGCUGCCCCCCAGAGUCCAGCGAAACAAGAAGGGAAGAGGCAGAGCAAACCCAAGAGAAGGCAUGCGGAGAGUCAGGUGGUGAAGUAAAGACAUUGCCUGAAUUACCUCCUGCACCUAUCCCAGGAGCCGUCCCCUUCAGCCAAGUGACAAGCCAGCAAACACAAACUCUAACUCCUGUCACAGUGCAAGCUGCACCACAGGUCUUGACUCAGGAAAACUUAGCAACAGUUGUGACAGGCGUAAUGGUUCCAGCAGGGGCAGUUACUCAACCUCUUCUUAUCCCCAUCAGUAUUGCAGGUCAAGUGGCAAGUCAGCAGGGGCUGGCUGUGUGGACAUUUCCUGCAGCAACGGUCGCUGCCCUCCCAGGACUGACGGCUGCCUCUCCUACUGGGGGAAUUUUCAAAUCACCUAUAGCCAAUUUGCAAGCUGCUGCAGUGCUGAACACAGCAAUACAAGCCCCUUUGCAGCCAGCCCAGCCUAUCCAGGCACAGCAAACGGUCCAGCCCCGACCACCAGUCCAAACACAGACUGCAUUCCAGCCUCAAGCUCAGCCAGCCAUUUUGCCGCAGCCUGCCACGGCAUCCACGCCCCCUGUGGCCAAGCCAUUGGAAACUCAAACUCAGAUCACAGUCCAACCGGCCGGGUUUGCCUUUAACCCUGGAAUAAUCAGUGCGGCUUCUCUUGGAGCCCAAACGCAGCUCCUCAGCUCCCUGGCUGCCACGCCAGUGAUCGCAAACACCAUUCCCAGCGUGCAGGGGAUAACUGGACAGAUCCUGACCAAUGCUCAGGGACAAGUUAUUGGGACUCUCCCUUGGGUGGUGAACCCAGCCGGAAUUGCCACGGCCAACCCUGCCCCUGCCACAUUGCCAGCACAGAGUCUACAGGUGCAGGCGGUGACGCCACAGCUGCUUCUGAAUGCCCAAGGCCAGGUCAUUGCCACCUUGGCUAGCAGCACCAUCCAGGCAGCAACAGCUGUCAGGAAACCCAGCACGCCAGAAUCUCCAGCAAAGAGUGAGGUCCAGCCAAUUCAACCUGCCCCAGCUUUAUCACAGCCAACUGUGGUCAUUGCAAGCCCUCCCCCUGCAGCUAAACUAGCUUCUGCUCCUGUCCCCAUCACCUGCUCGGAGACCCCGACAGUCAGCCAGCUGGUUUCCAAACCUCAGCCUCCAAACAGUGGAAGUGAUGAAGAUGGAAUAAACCUGGAGGAAAUAAGAGAAUUUGCCAAGAACUUCAAGAUCCGACGCCUGUCUCUGGGUCUGACACAGACACAGGUUGGGCAGGCGCUGACUGCUACGGAAGGACCUGCUUACAGCCAGUCUGCUAUAUGCAGGUUCGAAAAGUUGGACAUCACUCCCAAGAGCGCCCAGAAGCUGAAGCCCGUGUUGGAGAAGUGGCUGAGCGAGGCUGAGCUGCGGAACCAGGAGGGCCAGCAGAACCUGAUGGAGUUUGUGGGCGGCGAGCCCUCCAAGAAGCGCAAACGCCGCACGUCCUUCACGCCGCAGGCCAUCGAGGCCCUGAACGCCUACUUUGAGAAGAACGCCCUGCCCACUGGCCAGGAGAUCACAGAGAUUGCCAAGGAGCUCAAUUACGAUCGCGAGGUGGUCCGGGUCUGGUUCUGCAACCGGCGACAGACGCUCAAAAACACCAGCAAACUCAAUGUCUUUCAGAUCCCUUGAAGGGCCAGAGCGAGCCUCAAGCAACUCGCGUCCCCUGCAUUGCUGCUGUGAGCACUUUGUGGCUAAUUUCCCCCUGCACCUGCCGACCCUUUUACAGUGAUGACCGGUGUGGAAGGAGUGAGAGAGAGAGAGUUUCCUCGCGUUUUGAUGUGUCCCGGCCUUUCUUCCUCACGUGACCCGAUCGUGUAUGUGUCGGCUGUGUCCUUCCUCCCUGAGUGUCGUACUGGAGCUGUGAAGGGAUUAGGAAUGCAUAUGCGUUUAGCUUCUUUCUGUGUCAGACAAAACAUCGUCUGGUUUUUUUUAUUAUUAUUUAAGGACUUCCAGUGUUGUUUGGUUUUUUAAAAAACAAAAAAAACAAAACUGUAGCAUUAGGACAGCCACCGGAAUAGCGUCCACCAGAAAAUCCUGUUUCAUUUCAAGAAGAAAUCUGUGAAACUAUUUCAUUUCAACCUCUUUUCAUAGACACUUUUACCUCUUCAUACCCGGUAAUAGGCCCAGUUAACAGUAUCUAAGCAGAAUAGUGGCAUAAUUUAUAUCUCCUUUUUCUUGUGGUUAUUAUUAUUAUUAUUAUUAUUAUUAUUAUUAUUCAGAGCACUAUUAAACUAAAAGACUUUUUAUUCACUGAAGAAAA